AUAAUAUAGUAAUAUUUUGUGAAAAUGUAAGCAGUUGACUUACAGGCAAUUCAAAUUAAGAAUAAGUUUUAAAAAAAAAUUAUGGAGAGUAUUUUUGUUUUUUUAUUUUCCUUUGUAUUGGUUUUUAUUGCUAAAGAAUCAAGUAGUGUGGUAUUAGAUCUCAGUCAUGGAUACAGGCACAACAUAACAAAUUGUUGGGAACCUAAUGAAUUUUUCAAUAUUUUUGAUGUAAUAGAAGAAGGAAAUCACGAAGAUGGAACAUGGUAUACUACAGAAAAAUUUUCUUUGUCUGAACAUUGCGGAACUCAUAUUGAUGCACCUUACCAUUUUAACAAAAAAGGAUGGAAGUUGGGUGAUAUUCCAUUAGAACGACAAAUUGUUGAAGGUGUACAUAUUAAUGUCAGCCAAGAAGUUAAUGGAAAUGCUGACUUUGUUUUAACUGCUCAUCACUUAAUUGAAUGGGAAAAAACUUAUGGUUUGAUUCCCAAUCGAUCUGUGAUAUUGAUUAACUUUGGAUGGUCACACAACUUUGGAAAUCGUCUGAAAUAUUAUAGUAGUGAAAAUUCAAAUAUGAGAUUUCCAGGGUUAUCAUCUGAAGCAGCCCAAUGGAUUAUUGAUACUGGUAGAGUCUACGGCGUUGGUGUUGAUUGCCCCAGUGUAGAUCCUGGAAAUUCUAAGACAUUAAGCUUUCAUAGAAUUAUUUCCAAAGCUAAUAUUUACAAUUUGGAAAACGUGGCAUUAAAUGGAACUUCACUGCCCCCGAAAGGAUUUAAACUGAUUAUUCAACCGAUAAAGUUAUUAGAUGGCACUGGUGGUCCUUGUAGAAUUUUAGCUAUUACUGACAACAAUUUUGAAUAAAUAUGUCUGUCAAAUUUAUUAAAGGUUUUUUAGAAUAUAAAAUUGUUAUAUAGA